UAUUUCUUUUAGGCAGGGUGGGAUUUGAACCACUGACUUACUUUGUGUUUUGUGGGGAUUGAAUGAGCUUUGAGGCCAGAGAUUUGCUCCAUUGACCCAUAGAAACCUUUUAAAGGUCCUGUUCAUGGCACUCUGGGAUCGCUGGAGCAGAAGGAAGACCUGAGCGAUUGACUCUACAGGUGGAGAAAAUCUCCAAAGCAAUCCGAACCUCUCUGCAGGUUUUCUCUUUCAGUUGAAAUGUCUAUGAUUUUGUCUGCCUCAGUCAUUCGUGUCAGAGAUGGACUGCCACUUUCUGCUUCUACUGAUUACGAACAAAGCCCAGGAAUGCAGGAGUGCAGAAAGUAUUUUAAAAUGCUCUCAAGGAAACUUGCUCAACUUCCUGACAGAUGUACACUGAAAACUGGACAUUAUAACAUUAAUUUUAUUAGCUCCCUGGGAGUGAGCUACAUGAUGUUGUGCACUGAAAAUUACCCAAAUGUUCUCGCCUUCUCUUUCCUGGAUGAGCUUCAGAAGGAGUUCAUUACUACUUAUAACAUGAUGAAGACAAAUACUGCUGUCAGACCAUACUGUUUCAUUGAAUUUGAUAACUUCAUUCAGAGGACCAAGCAGCGAUAUAAUAAUCCCAGGUCUCUUUCGACAAAGAUAAAUCUGUCUGAUAUGCAGACGGAAAUCAAGCUGAGGCCCCCUUAUCAAAUUUCCAUGUGUGAACUGGGGUCAGCCAAUGGAGUCACAUCGGCAUUUUCUGUUGACUAUAAAGGUGCUGGUAAGAUUUCUUCUGCUCACCAACGAUUGGAACCAGCAACGUUGUCAGGGAUUGUGGCAUUUAUCCUUAGUCUAUUAUGUGGCGCUCUGAAUUUAAUUCGAGGCUUUCAUGCCAUAGAAAGUCUCCUGCAGAGUGAUGGUGAGGAUUUUAACUACAUCAUUGCAUUUUUCCUUGGAACAGCAGCCUGCCUUUACCAGUGUUAUUUACUCGUCUACUACACUGGCUGGCGGAAUGUCAAAUCUUUUUUGACUCUUGGCUUAAUCUGUCUAUGCAACAUGUAUCUCUAUGAACUGCGCAACCUCUGGCAGCUUUUCUUUCAUGUGACCGUGGGAGCGUUUGUUACACUCCAGAUUUGGCUGAGGCAAGCCCAGGGCAAGGCUCCUGACUAUGACGUCUGACGCCAUCCUGCGGAUGGACUGCCUUUUCUCCAGGGGAAAAGGAGGACCGUGUCAUAACUGCCACUGUGAUGAAGAAACUGUUCCCCACGAACGAGCAGCUCUGCUUGCUUUCUCUCCAACUUUCCUUUUUUGAUAUCAGCAUGGCAUGCCUGUGAGCAUGCCAGACCUGCUAGGAAAACUCCUGUCCGGUGGAUAUCGGCCAUGAGAUGCUGGCAUUCCGAGGAGGAAGAGGAGACUUCUCUCUUCAGGGCCACAGAGUGGAGGAACUGACCAGUGCCACUGGAAGACCUGGCCAGCAGUCCUGCAUCCCUGCUGAGGAGUCCAAUCAAACAUCGAUGUGGCACUUGCUCUGAGGACUCAACAGGAACUUGACCACCUGAAUUUGCCUUUGGGAGGCACUAGGGUAUAGACCAAAUACAUAUUUUGAUGCUGCAGAAAUUGGAAAGUUUAUGUUUCUAACAAAUGACUGUGCUAAAUAGCUGAUUAUUUGCACAUUUUUGGUACCAAGAGUUUAUGGAGCCUGGGAUGGUGUGGAAUUGGUUCUUUUACUUAGAUAUUUUAAUCAUCUGAUGUAGGAAAAGGCUGUGGUGAGCGCAUCUCUGGAACAUCACAAGUACUGAAAAUACAGUGACGUGUGUUUCCUUUC